GGAUGGAUCAACAAUCUCUUUGACUUUUACUUUCUUUGAGCUGCAAAACAGUCUUCUUUACACAAACGGGCAAACUUAUUAUCCUGAUUUUGUGAUCGUUUACGAUACACUUGUGACUCAGGAUGGACAAAGGCUUUGGGGAUCAGAUUAUUCACUCCCAAUGACAUUCCAAUCUUCUGGAAAUCAAAUGAGGAUACUGUUCGAGUCAAACACCCAACUCGAAUACGGUGGAUUUGCUGCAAAUUAUGCAAUAAAUACACCAGGUACGUCAACUACGACGCCAACUACAACUACAACUACACAAACAACCACAACAACACAACCAACCACAACAACUCAACCAACAACAACAACUCAACCAACCACAACAACUCAACCAACCACAACAACACAACCAACCACAACAACUCAACCAACCACAACAACUCAGCCAACCACAACAACUCAACCAACAACAACAACUCAACCAACCACAACAACUCAACCAACCACAACAACACAACCAACCACAACAACUCAACCAACCACAACAACUCAGCCAACCACAACAACUCAACCAACCACAACAACUCAACCAACCACUACAACUCAACCAACCACAACAACUCAACCAACCACAACAACUCAACCAACCACUACAACUCAACCAACCACAACAACUCAACCAACCACAACAACACAACCAACCACAACAACUCAACCAACCACAACAACUCAGCCAACCACAACAACUCAACCAACCACAACAACUCAGCCAACCACAACAACUCAACCAACCACAACAACACAACCAACCACAACAACUCAACCAACCACAACAACUCAGCCAACCACAACAACUCAACCAACCACAACAACUCAGCCAACCACAACAACACAACCAACCACAACAACUCAACCAACCACAACAACUCAACCAACCACAACAACACAACCAACCACAACAACUCAACCAACCACAACAACUCAGCCAACCACAACAACUCAACCAACCACAACAACACAACCAACCACAACAACUCAGCCAACCACAACAACUCAACCAACCACUACAACUCAACCAACCACAACAACUCAACCAACCACAACAACACAACCAACCACAACAACACAACCAACCACAACAACAACUUCAGAAGUCGUUGGUAGCUGUGGAGGAACCUUUAACGACCCGAUUGGCCAGUUUGCUUCACCAAACUUUCCGGCAUCAUAUCCGAGCAACUCUUCGUGCACAUACCAAAUAACCGUGGCAGAAGGAAAACGUGUUGCUUUAACAUUUAAUGAAGUUGAUUUAGAGCAGCGGUACGGGUGGUGGUGUUAUGACUGGAUACAAGUAUAUCUUGGAAGUAACAGCGGUAACAUCAGAAUGUGCGAAGAUGAUGUCCCACAAGGAGAACUAAUUUCGACGUCUAAUACCAUGACAGUUGUCUUCUCGUCCGAUUACAUCAUAGAGACAGGCGGCUUCAGUGCCACGUACCGUACAGUCGACAUCGUGGUCGUCAAUACUGAUCCUAUUGCCGGAGGCUCAAGGAAACGGGUUUGUCGGGACACGCGCAACCAAGAUGAACUGUUCAUUCAGUCUCCUGAUCUUACUCCUGCUAGUAGUGGUCAGAAGAACGUCCGAUGUAAUUACGAUAUCACUGCUCCCGAAGGCUCUCACGUUGAGCUUUUGUUUGAACCGACGUUUGAGAUUAAAAACGUGACUGUAUGGAAUAUUCCCUGCUUUAGGAACUACCUUGAUAUCUACAUAGGUCAGGCAGGAAAUGGUUACUUUUUUGAUAUCAGUCUCUGCGGUGACCAGGCCCCUGUUGGUUCCUUCAUAGCGGUGAACAAUCAGAUGGAUCUAAAAUUUAGGUCUAAGCGGAAUGGACACGAUGGAUUCAAGGCUAACUUUAGAUCGGUGAAUAUCGUACAAGUUUAAGUGAAGGUUAACAACAGUUUCAAGGUCACUAACAACAGAGGUAUCAGGGUCAAGGCAAGAAUAUGAACUUUGGAAUCGUUAAAGAAUACAGGAGCAAGAAAAAAAUAUAUUAAACGCAUUAUAGGCUAGCAUUGAUUUGACUUUUACAAAUCUGAGCUGAUUUUUUAGUCAAAGAUAUCAGUGUCUGCCCGAAUUUAAUUAUGUAUGCUUCCUGAGUGAUUUUCAACCAUUAUCCAUAUGAACAAUAUUAAAUGAAUCAAAAUUUAGUAUUUCGAAUUGGACCUUUGUGAUAUUCGCCUAUGCCUUUAAAUGUGAAGUCUAGCCAAUUCAAGAAAAGCGUAUUUGGGUAAAUAUGUAGUAGUUAAACAAGUGUAUAUGAGGAACGGCUUACGACCCUCUGAUUAUGCGGCCCUUUUCCUUGUGAGCAUGUAAAUGAUGGAACUGUUGAGAUCACCCAUCACUAUUUUUUUUUUCGUAUGAAAUAUUUUAUUUUCCCUCUUUAUAGUGUGAAAUUAGCUUUGAUUCCUAUCCGAAUUGCCGUUAUUGCAACAUAUUGUGAUUUAAUAUGAUAAUGUUCAGAACAGAGUAACCAACUACUAUAUGCAUAUAUAACUGUUUUGUGAAAAAUUGAAUGCGAAAUGUUAAAAUGUAUGACAUACUUCCUUUAAACUGGGUUCCAAAAUAAACUGAUCAAACUUUACAAGGGCAUUGUACAAAUUCCACCCAGUCAAAAUGAACAAUAUUUUUACACAUGCUAGCUUCAAUAAUCUUUACCAAGGACAUGUCAAUAAUUGGUUCAAUCACAUAGAGGCUAUAGCCCCUCACAUCAAUUGGUUUCAGAAUCCGAAUUCACAAAAUGGCAAAAGAAAGACUAAUGAAAAUGAGAUGGGAUUAAAUAAACUUCCCAGUUUUCACAGAUGUCAUUUACAGUAAUUGACUUGAUCACAACAAGCUACCGGAAUUGAAAAUCAAAAUUUUAAGUGUUGGAAAAAUCACCCAGCUAUACG